AUGCCACGCGUCCCGCUGUGCCUGCCGAUCGUGCUGUGCCUGGCUCAGGGCAUGCUGUGUGUCGUCGCAGCGCAUACGGACCAUGCGCCUACGUUCCGGAUCCGUUCUAUUCCUCCGUGGCAUGUGUCUCCGUCUGAGGCACGCGUGCUGCCGCCCCCCGUGAGCGAUGUGUCGGACGCCCGCCCGCGUGGGUACCUGGCGGCCGCCGUGUGGCACUGCGUGGCCACGAGUGGGGCGAUCGUGCGGUUCGUAUGGGCCCCGAUCGUGUGUCUUUGGGAGGCGUUUGUCACGGUCGUGUUUCUGUGGCCGUACCGCGCGCUGGCCACGCACGCCCGGACCGUGUACGAGCUAUACGUGGUGCUGGGCGUCGGCGUGUGCCUGGGCAUCGCCGUGGGCCUGGUCGGCACCGGAUGGCUGUACAUGGAGCAUGUCUUGUAUAGAGCGCGCGUACGACGCGCGUCUGGAUAG